UGACAACGAGGAGAUGAGUUCGCUUCGGAAGCUAACGCUUUCUGAAAAUAUGCUGACAGAUCUUCCCAGUCGGAAAAAGGUUAACUUCCUAGAUUUGUCUCUAGAUGACAUUAUACUCUAUAAAAAGUUAGAAAAGAUAAAUGCUGAAAUAGAAAAAAGGAAUACAAGACAGAUUCAUAGUAAAAAGGAUUUGCCUUCAAGACAACAAUCAAAUGGUCAUGGACAUCGCCAUCAGAGAGGCUACUCAAGAUUCAGAAGCAACUUUGAGGAAGGAAAUCAUGAUAAAAAACCAUCUCAAGAACCUUCUGGAUUGAAGUCUGGACAACACCCUUUAAAUAGGAAGCCUUUAUUUGAGCAGGAGAAGUGCAAUGACAAUUAUAAGGCCCAUGCAGAGAAGAAUCAAGACCAAUCAGAGGGGAACCAGCAUCAAUCAGAAGGAAAUCUGGACAAAUCAGAAGGAUCUCAGGGCCAACAAGAAGAAAAUCAUCAUUCUGAGCAAUCCCGAAACCACUUAAAGAGAUCUCAUUGUCGGUCAGAGAAAUCUCAAGGGCAACUAAAGAGAUCUCAUAGCCAAUCUGAGAGAUCUCAUGGCCAAUCUAAGAGAUCUCGUGGUCAUUCAGAGAGAUCUCAUGGCCAAUCAGAGCGAUCUCAUGGUCACUCAGAGAGAUCUCAUGGGCAACUAAAGAGAUCUCAUGGCAAAUCUAAGAGAUCUCGUGGUCACACAGACAGAUCUCAUAGCCACUCAGAGAGAUCUCAUGGCCAAUUAGAGAGAUCUCAUGGUCACUCAGAGAGAUCUCAUGGCCAAUCAGAGCGAUCUCAUGGUCACUCAGAGAGAUCUCGUGGUCACUCAAAGAGAGCUAAUAGCCACUCUGAGAGAUCUUAUGGUCACUCACAGAGAUCUCAUGGCCACUCAGAGAGAUCUCAUGGCCAAUCAGAGAGAUCUAAUGGUCACUCAAAGAGAUAUCAUAGCCACUCAGAGAAAUCUUGUGACCAAUCAGAGAGAUCUCAUAGCCACUCAGAGAGAUCUCAUGGGCAACUAAAGAGAUCUCAUAGCCAUUCAGAGAGAUCUCAUGGGCACCUAAAGAGAUCUCAUGGCCAAUCUAAGAGAUCUCAUGGUCAAACAGACAGAUCUCAUAGCCACUCAGAGAGAUCUCAUGGGCAACUAAAGAGAUCUCAUGGCCAAUCUAAGAGAUCUCAUGGUCAAACAGACAGAUCUCAUAGCCACUCAGAGAGAUCUCAUGGCCAAUCAGAGAGAUCUCAUGGUCACUCAAAGAGAUAUAGCCACUCAGAAAGAUCUGAUGGCCAAUCAGAGAAAUCUCAUGGUCACUCAGAGAGAUCCCAUAGCCACUCAGAGAGAUCCCAUGGUCUCUCAGAGAGAUCUCAUGGUCACUCAGAAAGAUCUUGUAGCCACUCAGAGAGAUCUCAUAGCCACUCAGAGAUCUCAUAGUCACUCAGAGAGAUCUCAUUGCCACCCAGAGAAAUUUCAUGGUCACCCAGAUCUCAUGGCCACUCAGGGAGAUCUCAUGGCUAAUCAGAAAGAUAUCAGAGAUACUCACCAGGUAAAUAUACAAUGACUUCUUAAUCAUCAGAACAAUGUGUCAAAUAAUGUGGAAAUAGAAAAGCAUAUAUCUAUAUUUUAAUGGUUAAAUAUGUAUUUGUUGGCCGGGCGUGGUGGCUCAAGCCUGUAAUCCCAGCACUUUGGGAGGCCGAGGCAGGUGGAUCACGAGGUCAAGAGAUCGAGACCAUCCUCGUCAACAUAGUGAAACCCUGCCUCUACUAAAAAUACAAAAACCUGGGGAGAAAUGCCAAAUGUGGGUGAAGGGCAGAAAGGAAGCAAAACACACUGCCAUGUGUAUACCCACGCAACUGUCUUGCAUGCUCUGCUCAUGUACCCCAAAACCUAAAAUGCAAUAAAAAAUUAAAAAAAUAAAAAAAUUAAAAAUAAAAAUAAUAAAAAAAUAAAAAUAAUAAAAAUUAAAAAAAUUAGCUGGGCAUGGUGGCGCGUGCCUGUAAUUCCAGCUACUCAGGAGGCUGAGGCAGGAGAAUUGCCUGAACCCGGGAGGCGGAGGUUGCAGUGAGCUGAGAUCACGCCAUUGCACUCCAGCCUGGGUAACAAGAGCGAAACUCCGUCUCAAAAAAAAAAAAAUGUAUUUGUUGAAACAGACAUAUUUUGGGACAAAGACAUUAUUAGAAUGGAGGUAAUAUAUACAUGCUGUCAAUGUUCUUUCAACUCGAUGUCCUCUAAACUAUCAUCCAGUUACCCAAGAUGUUCCAUUAAGUUGUUCAUGUAGGUCUGCUUUCCCUGGAAGAGCGCUAUGUACUCAUCCUUUCCUAUUGGGCCUUCCCUACAAUCAGAACAUACUGACUCAGUGUCCUGUCCUUCUUGGACAUUCCAACCUGGUAGGCAAGCUAAUCUAACAACUAACUGCCAAAUUGAUAAUAUAUAAUCUAUGAUAAUGAAUAUAUAUGUUUUCCACUUCUAUCUCCUGCCUAAUCAGUCCUCAAAGAGUCCAUAGCAAACAAAUGAUAGAUGUAUCUUUGGGCAGCUGACCUUUCUGCUUUCCUCAAUCAGACCAUAGGAGAGGAUACAUUCUAUGCAUAGAUGUAUUGCUAACCUUCUGAAUAUAUUUUGAACACAUUUAUAUAUUCAUUGUUGCCUUAUAAAACUGCUAGAGUAGGUCUGUCUACCCUAGCAAAAGAAGCAGAAACUUAAAUGUACUGUGAGUUGAGUUUUUAAAACCAAAAGAUA